UUGCGGGCUACAACCACUGACGAUCUCCCUUUGAGUCAAUUAGUAAAACGUGCAACGGCUGGAUCCCUCCAACUUCUAGUUCUAGGGAAAGAGAAAGCUCGCCACAGUACAGGAUCAAGAUGAUCAAGUUUAUGGCUGCAAAUGUUUUCAAGUAUACCAAAGCCAUUGUGAGUGGUAUUCCCAACUCCCUGGCAGCUACAGCUGUGAGGAUGGACGGGAGUGAUGAGCCUGUGAAUCUGGAGAAAGCUAGGCAGCAACACAAAAACUACGUUCAGGUGCUGACUGAGUUGGUGGGGGAGAUCCACAUUAUACCAGCGGAUGAGCAGUUUCCUGACUGUGUGUUUGUGGAGGAUCCUGUGGUUGUGUGUGGGGACACUGCACUCGUCACUAGUCCUGGCCACAAGAGUCGUGGUGGUGAGACAGUUGCUAUGAAAGAGGCUGUGACGAAACUGGGUCUGAAUGUGGUGGAGAUGACAGAGCCUGGCAGAAUGGACGGAGGGGAUGUCUUGUUCACUGGGAGAGAGUUCUUUGUGGGCCAGUCAGCCAGGACUAAUGAGGAAGGACUGAAACAGCUUGCAGCCGCCUUCCCCUCGUACCCUGUGACUGGAGUCAAGGUGAUAGACAGCUGCCUUCACUUGAAAUCAAUGAUGUCCAUGGUUGUCCCUGACAACAUUUCCAUAGGAGGGACUUCACAGGCUGCAGCCGUUGCUAAGGAAAUCAUGGAGCGAGACGGCCACUUUAAGUACAACUUUCUUUCAGUGCCUGAUGAUUUUGGAGCUAACUGCCUGUUUGUGAAUGGCACUGUAGUCUAUGUCUCCAAGGAGCCUUACCCGAAAUCGUUUGAAGUCUUUGAGAAGUUGUCGUUACCUGGAUUUUCUGAGAAGAUUGCGGUGAACAUUUCUGAACUGCAUAAAGUAGACGGUUGUCUUACUUGCUGCUCAGUGCUUAUAAAUUGAUUUUUGUGUGCUGUUUAGAAAUUGACUUUAUACUGGUAUAAUAUUUAUUAUAUAUACACAUGC